UUAACUAGAGCUGUUUUAAUCUGUUGUAAACUGUCUUAAUUCCCCAUCUGGGGAACAAUAUGCCUCGCAGAGCAAAAUGCAUUACUGAUCUGUGUGUCCUAAUCUUCUUCUUUCAGGUGACUUUUAAGGAUGUGUCUAUACAUUUCAGUGAGGAAGAGUGGGCCCUGCUCGAUCUGGAUCAACGGGCCCUGCACUGGGAAGUCAUGAGAGAGAAUUAUGAGAUGUUGGCCUCUUUCGGUGGUGCUGGAAAAGAGUGUGAAAAUGGGAGAGCAUUAUGUAAAGUGUGGUUGAAAACAACAGAAUAUAAAGAGAGGGAAGAGGGAAACCUGGAAAGAGAAGAUUAUAGAAAGAAUGAGGGUUCUGCCGAAAAAAGGGAAAUCACAAUCCAAGAAACAGUAGACAAAAGCAGGGCAACUGGGAAAUGUCUUAUUUCUGAGAGUAGCUUCUUGCAUGAGAACUCAUGCCUAAAUGGUGAUAUCACUAUCCGAAUAGAGAAAGGACAAUCUAAAAGCCAGCAAGUGGAAGAGAGAUUUGGAUCUAGUAUAUACCGUAAAAACUAUGAAAAACCAAGAAUUGUGGAUAAACAAUAUAAAUGCCUGGAGUGUGGGAAAUGUUUCCAUCAUGAAGGAAGCCAAAAAAGACACCUAAAAUGCCACUUGGGAGAAAAUCCAUAUAAAUGCCAGGAGUGUGGAAAAGGUUUUUGUGAAAAGAGAAGUCUUAUUGUACAUGAAAUGAGUCACAGAGGAGAGAAACCUUAUAAAUGUCUGGAGUGUGGGAAGGGUUUCUGUUGGAAAAAUGGCCUAAAGCUGCACCAAAACGCCCACAGAGAAAAGCCAUAUAAUUGCCUGGAGUGUGGAAAAUUUUUCUCUCAAAAAGAAGCCCUAUACACACACCAAAACAUACACACACGAGAGAAGCCACAUAAAUGCCUGGAUUGUGGAAAAGAGUUCUUUCAGAAAGGGCACCUCAAAAUCCACAAAAGAACCCACACAGGAGAGAAGCCAUAUAAAUGCUUGGAGUGUGGAAAAGGUUUUUCUGAUAAGAGAAAUCUUAUUGGACAUGAAAUGAAUCACAGAGGGGAAAAACCCUAUAAAUGUCUGGAAUGUGGGAGGGGUUUCUCUUGGAAAAAUGGCCUACAGCUGCACCAAAACACCCACUUAGAAGAGAGGCCACAUAAAUGCCUGGAGUGUGGAAAAUGUUUCUCUCAAGAAGAAGUCCUAAACACACACAAAAAAACCCACACAGGAGAGAAACCAUAUGAAUGCCUGGAGUGUGGAAAAUGUUUCUUUCAGAAAGGGCACCUCAACAGACACAAAAGAACCCACACAGGAGAGAAGCCAUAUCAAUGCCUGGAGUGUGGAAAAGGGUUUUCUGAUAAAAGAAAUCUUAUAGGACAUGAAAUGAACCACAGAGGAGAGAAACCCUACGAAUGUCUGGAGUGCAGGAAGAGUUUCUGUUUAAAAAAUACUCUAAAGCUGCACCAGAAAACCCACAUGUGAGAGAAGCCAUAUAAAUGCCUGGAGUAUGGAAAAGGUUUCUUUCAGAAAGGAAACUCGGGAGAUAUUAAAGAACCCACACAGGAGAGAAGCUACAUAAAUGCCUGUAGUGUAGACAAGCUUUAGGGCAUGUUUCUCUUGGAAACAUGCCCUAAAGCUGCACCAAAACACCCACAGAAGAGAGAAGCCAUAUAAAUGCCUGGAGUGUGGAAAAGGGUUUUCUGAUAAAAGAAAUCUUAUAGGACAUGAAAUGAACCACAGAGGAGAGAAACCCUAUAAAUGCCUGGAGUGUGGGAAGAGUUACAACCAUAAAUCUGUUCUUACAGCUCAUGAAAAUAAUCAUAAAGGAGACCGUGGGAAGUUUUAGCUACAAAUCAGACUGCAAAAAUGUCCAGAAUAGUCAUAGAAAAGACAAAACUAAAGACAUGUCUGGAGUGAGGGAAAAGGUUCAUUGGUGAGCAAGUCUCAAGAUCCACUAAAAAACCCACAUGGAAAAGAAGUUUAAAAAGCCUGGUAUCUGAUAAAAGUUUGAACUGUAAAUCAAUCCUCAAAGAUUACCAGAGUAUUCAUACAAAGACUUUAAAAAUGCUUAGAGGGAAGGGAAGAGUUGCAUCCUCAAUUUGGAAUUCAAAACUCCCCAGGAGAGAAAAUAUACGCACACCAAGAGUGUAGGAAGAGUUCGAUCCUCAGUAGCCACCAGAAUACUCACAAUUAAGAAAACACACAUGGACAGAAAACUGCUCUAGCCUUUAUAUUGAUUCCCUCUAGUCUAGACUGCUGGUUGAUUCAAGUCAUCUUGGACCUUUUCUUGGCACACUUCAAUAGAGACUAGCGGUUCAGCCCAGUACUGGCCUUGUGGCACAGUUGCUGUUUCACCUGUUGAUAAGAUGUGGUAUCCACACUGGUUUCCUCCUCUUUGCCUAUUUUGUGCUUGUUUUAGAAAGUUCACUGAAAUAUGCUCCAUUUCUUCUAUUCUUUUGUGAAUGCUCAGAGAGAAAUAAAAGCAUCUUAUG